AUGUCUUUUCGACAAUACUCAGCUCAUAAUGAGUUGGCUUGCAUUAUUGGAGCGAAAACUGGAAAAGUUUUGUAUGUUUCUUUUAAAAGUAAGUAUUGUCCUAUCUGUGCUCGAGCUUUAACUAAAAACAUAAAAGCUGCAACUCAUAAAUGUUCAAAAAAUUGGGAUGGUUCGUCGACUUUUAUGGAAUCGGAACUAAUUUUAGAAGGAUUCCGUAAUACUAUAAAAAUGCAGAAAUUAAAAUAUGUAAAAAUUAUUGGCGAUGGAGACUGCAGUGUUUACAAAAAAAUUUGCUUAGAGAGACCCUACGGAAGAACAAUGGUUCGCAAAGUAGAAUGCAUAAACCAUCUUCUCAGGAAUUAUUAA